ACUCCAUUGUUGUUGGUUGUUGUAAACGAUUCGUCGGAGUGUCGGCAUCUCCACGUUUUCUGCAUUUUGUCGCCGAAUAUUGUGGAAAAAUGGCUGAAUAUUUAGCCUCGAUUUUCGGCACUGAAAAGGACAAGGUGAACUGUUCUUUCUACUUCAAAAUUGGUGCUUGCCGGCAUGGAGACCGCUGCUCGCGAAUACACAACAAACCAACUUUCAGCCAGACUGUCCUGCUACAAAAUUUAUACGUCAAUCCACAGAACUCGGCUAAGUCGGCUGAUGGAUCCCACUUGAUUGCAAAUGUUUCUGAUGAAGAAAUGCAGGAACACUACGACAACUUUUUCGAGGAUGUUUUUGUUGAGAGUGAAGACAAGUACGGCGAAAUCGAGGAGAUGAAUGUUUGUGACAAUUUGGGUGACCAUUUGGUGGGCAACGUCUACAUUAAAUUCCGCAGAGAGGAAGAUGCUGAAAGGGCAGUUUCUGACCUGAAUAACCGCUGGUUUGGCGGAAGACCAGUUUAUGCUGAACUCAGCCCUGUGACCGAUUUCCGUGAAGCUUGCUGCCGCCAGUAUGAGAUGGGCGAGUGCACCCGCAGUGGUUUCUGCAACUUCAUGCACUUGAAGCCAAUUUCCCGCGACCUGAGGCGCUACCUUUACAGCCGCAAACGCAAGGGUGGUGGCCGCAGGUCUCGAUCUCCUCGUCGCAGGUCCCGUUCGCCCAGAGACAAGCGCUCCCGCUCCAAGGAAAGGCGCCGCAGAAGUCGCUCCAGGGAAAGAGAGGGCAGGUCAGGACGCUACUAACAACGGUACGUGCAUCAUCAAGCGCUCGAACUCUUUUAUUCCCAACUUCAAUCCGUGUACUAGUUUAAUGAUUGCGUGUUAAUUUGAAUAAUUAAAAUAAUAUAAACGGUAACUCUUGUAAAAGUGCAAAAGUAA